CUCGCCGUUCUCUCUGCCCAGCCACACCUCCCACCUGCCGCCAGGCGACCCGGAAGCUGUAGUUGCGACCCGGCUUUGCCUCUCCCACAAUACCCCGCGCUCUUCCUUUCCAGCCUGGGCCCGGCAGGAUGGCUCCCGCUAAGAAGGGUGGCGAGAAGAAGAAGGGCCGCUCUGCCAUCAACGAGGUGGUGACCAGAGAAUACACCAUCAACAUCCACAAGCGCAUCCAUGGCGUGGGCUUCAAGAAACGUGCCCCUCGGGCACUCAAAGAGAUCCGGAAAUUUGCCAUGAAGGAGAUGGGAACUCCAGAUGUGCGAAUUGACACCAGGCUCAACAAAGCUGUCUGGGCCAAAGGAAUAAGGAAUGUCCCAUACCGUAUCCGUGUGCGGUUGUCCAGAAAACGUAAUGAGGAUGAAGAUUCACCAAACAAACUCUAUACGUUGGUUACCUACGUACCUGUCACCACUUUCAAAAAUCUACAGACAGUCAACGUGGAUGAGAACUAACUGCUGAUUGUCAAAUAAAGUUAUAAAACCGCC